CUCCAAUACUAAUCAACCCUAGCCGCUCGCCCAUUCAUCUUCUCUCUCCUCCUUCCCAACUUGCAAAACAUCAUAUCGUCUCAAAUCCAUCAAUUGGCGAAUCCAAAUUGGUUUCGCUCUCCUAAUAUUAUGCUGCUUCAUCUUCCCCGCCUACUAUUCGCCGCCAUUGAAAUAGAAGCACGAAAGAGGAGUUCAUGGAAGACUGCUACUCAAACCGUUGUUCCGUCGUCAAUAUUACUUGCAUAAAUCUACUAUUUUUUAAACCUAAAUCCAAGAAGGAGAUUGUUGUAUGUUGAACUUAUUCACUCCAGGUAAUUUUUAAUUUAUUUUACUGCAAAUUUAAGGUUUUAUCUUCAAUUUUUCUAGGAUCGGCACCCUUUGAGAUUAAUUUGAUUCCCUUUUGUUUGGUUCCUGGUGAAUUUUAUAGAUCUGGUGUUGUGUUUUUUGAGUUUCUUCUUUUAUUUUUUUCAAAAAAAUUGGUUUUUUCUCUUCAAUUUAUCGAACAUUCGGAAAUUAGGGUUAUUGAUUUUGUUUUUUAUUUUGGUUUGAUUCACGAUGAUGAGGAGGGACCCUGGAAAAUCCGUAGAUUACUUAUUAUGAAGGCAAACCUGAUAUUACAGAUGCUCCAAAGACCAAGUUCAGGUGAUACAUUUUUCACUAGGCUUUGAACUUCCUGGUGGCUGGCAGAAGGAUAAAGAUGCAAUGGUUCUCAGUGUUAUUCAGACACAAUUGUUAAUUCAAGCCCAUUUAACUCGGGAAACAGCAGACCUACCUCCAACACUUAAUGGUGAUCUGAAACGUGUCCUGGAACUUGCACAUCAUCUACUUGAGGAAUUGAUGAAGAUGGCUUUAAUACCACGCACGGCUCAAGGUCAUGGAUGGCUUAGGCCUGCAAUUGGGGUUGUCGAGCUUUCUCAGUGUGUGAUUCAGGGUGUUGGUUGUGCUCCUGAUGUGUGCAGGGUGUUCUGCAGGGAGUCCAGGUGCUGCAGUCAGAUCUACAGGGAGUGUGGUGUUCGAUUGCUGCUGUGUGCAAUCUUAUGUUGCGUACCCUUUUAUUGCGUUUGUUGUUUUUGGUUGUUAGGGAGUGGUCUGUACUCCUCUAACUUUUUCUGCUGUUUCGUUGUUUAGAUACUUUUGUUCAUACCUUUUGGUAUUAAAUUUGUAUUUUGGAGAUAUAUAGCUAGCUAAUUUACUAGUUUGGACAUGUGUAAACUUAAUUUGAUGAUAUGAUAUGACAAUUUGGAGCGAGCUAA